AUGAGUCGCCGUCGAGUUCAUGACGGUUACGAAGAUGUAUAUGGUGCUGAUCGAGGCUACAAAAAGCGUCGUCGUGGUGGUUCUGAAAGUAAUGAUUUAGAAGAUAGAUUGGAAAGUCUUGUCCUUAAAGUUGGAGAAAAUACUACUAGCACAAUAGAAAGUAAUUUAGAAGGUUUGGCUAGUGUGCUAGAUGGUGAUAUCCAAAACUUUAAGAAAAAAGUACUCAAAUUAUUAGUAGAAUGUGCAGUUAAUAUGCCGGAAAAGUGUACAAUUUAUUCAACAUUAGUUGGCUUAUUAAAUGCUAAAAAUUACAAUUUUGGUGGUGAAUUUGUAGAAAACAUUGUACGUUCUUUCAAAGAUAGUUUAAAAAAUAACUCUUGGAAUGAAGCUAGAGUAGUUCUACGUUUCAUUGGUGAUUUGGUAAAUUGUCAUGUUGUGUCAGCUAGUUCAUUUGUACAAUUAAUGAGUAGUUUAUUAGAUGUUACUAAAGAAGAUGGAGUUCCUAAUGUACGCAAAGACUGGUAUUGUUAUGCUGUUAUGUCAUGUUUACCGUGGGUUGGUAGAGAACUAUAUGAGAAAAGAGAAUCACCUCUUGAAAUGUUGUUGACAACAAUUGAGGUAUAUUUGAAUAAGCGUCCAAAAAAGCAUGUCAAUAUGCUGCGGAUUUGGUCCACAGAUGUACCUCAUCCUCAAGAAGAGUACUUGGAAUGCUUGUGGAAUCAGGUAAAAAAACUGAAACACGACAGUUGGACUGAAACCAUUAUACCAAGACCUUACUUGACGUUUGACAAUGUUUUGUGUGAAGCUCUUCAGCAUAAUUUGCCAUCCAUUGUGCCACCCCCUCAUCAUAACGCUUGUGUAUAUCCAAUGCCAUGGGUUGUAUACCGAAUGUUUGAUUAUACAGAUGUUACUGAUGGUCACAUUAUGCCCGGUGCUCACUCUAUUGAAAGAUUUUUAGUUGAAGAACAUCUGCAACAGAUAAUUGAUAUGUCUUGCAAAAAUAGAAAAGAAUGUGCAACUAAUUUAAUGAAUUUUGUACACAAAAACAAAGUACCUCUAGAGUAUUGUAUUGUUGAAGUGGUAUUCAGUUUGAUGUUUCACCAGCCCAAACCAAAGUAUUUAGAAGUAAUGUUUGGCUCUGUCUUUAUUGAAUUAUCUAAAUUAUCAACUAACACAAUGCCGCUUGUAUUGGCUCAGACAACCGAAAUAUUAUACUCUCGUAUAGAAUCUAUGCAUGUCUGUGCUUUUGAUAGGUUUGUAUCAUGGUUUGCAUACCAUUUGAGUAAUUUCAAAUUCAGUUGGUCCUGGCAAGAAUGGGCAGAUUGCUUAGCAUUAGAUCCAGAACACCCGAAACCAAAGUUUGUGCGUGAAGUUCUUCAGAAAGCCAUGAGACUAUCAUUUUAUGAGCGUAUGCGUGAUAUUGUGCCACCAGAUUUUGAACCAUUAUUACCAGAGAAACCGGAACCAAAGUUUAAAUAUGCAAUUGAAAAGUCCACAUUACCUGGUCAGUUUUUAUCAAACACAUUACUGACUAAAAUACGUAGCAAGAUAACUCCCGAAGAUAUAGUUGAAAUAUUAAAAGAACCUUUGAUGUCGGCAAAUGGAGAGAUAAUGGAACCAGCAGACAUUGGCAUCUCAAAUCCAACAAAAAUUGAUGCUUUUGUGCAAACAUUGUUGUUUAUAGCCAGCAAAUCAUUUUCCCAUGCUUUUGCUGCAAUCACAAAGUUCAUUAGUGUAUUUAAGGCUUUAGGAGAAACUGAUGAUGGUCAAUUGCAAAUAUUAAGGAGCACUUUUGAUUUAUGGAGUGCAGAUCAGCAAAUGCUAACUGUACUCAUAGACAAAAUGUUAAAAACACAGAUUAUUGAAUGCUCAUCGGUGGCGAAUUGGAUAUUCUCAAAAGAAAUGAUACCAGAGUUUACCAAGCUGUAUAUUUGGGAGAUAUUGUCAUUGACUAUCAAUAAGAUGUCUAGACAUGUGGAUCGAUUGACCAGAGAGUUGAAUGAAGCUAGAGAAAAGUUGCGCACAACAGCAGCGAUAUCAAAUAGUUCAGACGAUAGUGAUACUGAAACAGAAAAAGCUGAGGCUAAACCUCGACAAUCAACAACUACAUUUGGUGGUCAAGCUGUUCCAAUGGAAGUAGAUGACAAUGUUACCGAAGAAAUGGUUGAACGUAUGGAAGAGAAACUAGAAAUGGCACAAGCUGAUCAGAAAAAUUUGUUUCUGAUUGUUUUUCAGAGAUUUAUAAUGAUAUUAUCCGAACAUUUAGUAAAAUGUGAUACAGAUGAUAGACCGUUUGACACAUACUGGUACAAAUACACUAUUGGACGACUACAACAAGUGUUUUUAGCUCAUCAUGAACAAGUGCAGAAAUACAGCAGCACCUUAGAAGGAUUACUUUUCACUCAAGACCUUGACAUUCAUAUCCUUGAAGUGUUCCAUCAAUUUUUAGCUCUUCGUUCUUAAUUUUUUGUGUUCUUAUCACAUCUUACAAAGUCACAACAUCUUUUAUAUUUUAGGUUACCUACCCAAAUAUUAUGUAUUCAUUUAAUUACUUGACACCCAACAUCAAUGUUGAUUAUUUUUACAUAAUAUGAUAAUUUACAAUAGUUAGAAAACAAACAUUACAUUUUAUAUUACUUUAUAAAACUUAAACAUUAUACUAUUCUAUCAUUUUUGUAUAAUACAUUUCUUUAAAAAAAUGUUAUCUUUAUGAUUGAUAAAUUUUUAACAGUUUAUGGCAUCCUUGGGGCUUAAAAAUAUUGGGCUUCUCUGAUGCAAGGAUAUGGGUUGUUCGCUCAUCCACUUGCCGCUUCGGUCAUGUAAGCCAUUGGGUUUCAUUCAUAUAAUAGAGGCAACGAGUGUAAUAUAAAAUUUAUUAAAACCGUGAGGCAACCUAAGACAUAGUAUUACUUAAUUAUGGUUUUUUUUUAUAAAUUUAUACCUUACCGUUUGGUGAUAAUUUUGUAAUCAG